CACGGUUACCUUUCCUUUACCUUAUCAGUCAUGCACGGAGUCAGGCGCGCUCGGCAAAGCAAGGAGGCUAUCGAAGCCAGAAAAACACGCGAACAGGCCAAGAUCAAGGAAUAUCUUGUACUGAACGACGACAUAUUGACUCGGAAGAAGAAUAAGGAUUGGUCCAAGGAAGCCUUGGAUCUGACAACCCGAAUGCUCCAAAUCAACCCAGAGUUUUACACUGUAUGGAACUAUCGCCGGACUAUACUGCUAAACGGAAUAUUCGCAAAUAGGACGCCUCAAGAAAUCAACGAAUAUAUUUCAGAUGAUCUUUCUUUGACGACGCUUGCCCUGAAGGUGCAUCCGAAAGUGUACUGGAUCUGGAAUCACCGUCGAUGGUGUCUUGAGCACAUACCCGAUGGUCCUGGUACCGCCACCGAAGGUGACGCUGAAGGAUGGAAAAAGUCCUACUGGGACAAAGAAAUGUUCGUGGUAGAACGGAUGCUGGACACCGAUCCCCGCAAUUUCCACGCAUGGAAUUACAGGAGAUAUGUCCUAUCUGGCAUGCCCGUUCCUCGAUCCGAGACAUCCGAGUUGGCCUACACCACCAAGAAGAUCGAAUCUAAUUUUUCUAAUUUCAGUGCAUGGCACCAACGCUCCAAGGUGUUAACUUCUUUAUGGAACAGCGGCCGUCUUGAUCCCGUCAAAACCAAAGAAGAUGAAUUUGAGCUCGUACGGAACGCUAUGUUCACAGACCCGGAUGACCAAAGCGUCUGGCUGUACCACCGAUGGCUCAUAGGCUCAGGUGACGAUAAGAUGCUAUUGGAGAACGAGAUUGCCGUUAUCCAGGAACUGUUGAACGAACAACCUGACAGUAAAUGGUGCAUGGAGUCCAUUGUGCACUAUAAACGCCUCCUAAUCUCAAAGCAUGGUGCAUUGACGGACACCACCCGCUUGGCUCAGGACUGUCAUUCUCUUUUAGAACAACUAAUUGAAUUAGAUCCAGCGAGACGCAACAGGUAUAGAGAGAUUGGUACGUAUGUUUGUCCCAUAUAUGGAACAUUAUUUAUUUUAUUCCCCUAGCUGUGCAGUGUUGAUGGAUACGGCGCCCUCCAUUUCUCACAACAGCUUGUGAUCCCCUCAUUAGUGCAUAAGCAAUCAAGUUCAUUCAUAUUACAAGAAAAGCAACGAUUCUUCAUUCGACGUAUUUCCUACAGCAUUCCUUCCAACAUAACGGUCAACAGACGAGGCGCUUAGCACUUGCACUCGCCGGGCUUGCAGGCGCAGGACGCGCCGCAGUUGCAAGAGGUGCUGCCGCAGCCGUUCUGAGAAACAGGGGUCUCGACAAUCUUGAACAUGAUAAAUCGAAGUUUGUUAAAGGCUGGUUGUGGCAGUUGUGGUUUGUGGGAGAGUUUG